GAUGAGAAGAAUCAGCUUAUGACGACUAAUGUGUGGCUCUGGCAGGAAUGGAUAGAUUAUAAACUGAGGUGGAACCCGGAGGACUACGGCGGUAUCACUUUCAUCAGAGUUCCAUCAGAGAGCAUUUGGCUGCCGGACAUCGUUCUGUAUGAGAACGCUGAUGGACGUUUUGAAGGCUCUCUAAUGACCAAAGCCAUUAUAAAGUAUAACGGUGCCGUCACCUGGACCCCUCCGGCCAGCUACAAGUCUGCCUGCACCAUGGAUGUCACGUUCUUCCCGUUCGACAGACAGAACUGCUCCAUGAAAUUUGGCUCAUGGACCUACGAUGGAACCAUGGUGGACUUGGUGCUGGUGAACCACCAAGUUGACCGCAGCGACUUCUUUGACAACGGCGAGUGGGAGAUUUUGAGUGCCACCGGUAUGAAGGGCAACCGACGCGACGGUACACUAUCCUACCCCUUCAUCACCUACUCCUUCAUUCUAAAGCGUCUUCCUCUCUUCUACACACUCUUCCUCAUCAUCCCCUGCCUGGGCCUGUCCUUCCUCACCGUGCUGGUCUUCUACCUGCCGUCGGACGAGGGCGAGAAGGUCUCACUGUCCACCUCCGUCCUUGUCUCCCUCACUGUCUUCCUGCUGGUCAUAGAGGAGAUCAUCCCAUCCUCCUCCAAGGUCAUCCCCCUGAUCGGCGAGUACCUGCUCUUCAUCAUGAUCUUUGUCACCCUGUCCAUCAUCGUCACUGUGUUCGUGAUAAACGUGCACCACCGCUCCUCCGCCACCUACCACCCCAUGUCGCCGUGGGUACGCUCGCUCUUUCUGCAGCGGCUGCCGCACCUGCUGUGCAUGAGGGGUCACACUGACCGCUACCACUACCCUGAGCUGGAGCCCCACAGCCCAGAGCUGAAGCCCCGCAUCCGGAAGGCUCCUCCAGGCCCUGAGGGCGAAGGUCAGGCUCUGGUCAACAUGCUGGAAAAGGCCACGUGCUCUGUCCGCUACAUCUCUCGACACAUCCGCAAGGAGCAUUUUAUCCGAGAGGUGGUGCAGGACUGGAAGUUUGUGGCUCAAGUGCUGGACAGAAUCUUCCUCUGGGUCUUCCUCACUGUCUCUGUACUGGGUACCAUCCUCAUCUUCACUCCUGCCCUAAAGAUGUUUCUCCGCACCCCGUCUCCUUCCUCAGCUCCAUAGAGCCAACAUACUGAUUCUCACAGGAGACGCAGUAGACCUUUAAGCUAGGGUCGGGUAUUGUACACCAGUUCUUUGUAGUGAUUCAACUAGAAUUAUUUUGCUCAUUCCGAUUCUUCAUUUCAUUACUCUGCUACAGACUGCAUGCCUUAGUCAUUUUACCUAUAGUGGAAGUGGUGCCGCACGGACACAGAGCAGAGCAAUUCCACAAAGGUUUUGUUUUCACACCAGUUGCGAGUGAAAAAUAUUGCUGGGAUGUGUUUGUACAUGCUUCUAGUAGCAUGUGGCUGGUUAGCCAGUACAGCUCAAAGAUUAAUUAUGUUUGUAUCAAAUGAGUGUGAUGCUUAGAUUGCAAGAGCUUCAAUUUUAAUAAUAGCUUACAUUAUAUUUCCAUAAGCAAGUUUUAAAUGAGGAAAUUUGACCCACUAACACAGAGCUGGUAAACUGUCUGUAGGAGAGUCAGACCAAUCAGAAGCAGCCACAUUUUAAUAGUUCUAUACAUGAAAACACAACCACAACUAACUGGCAGCCUGGCGCACAAUUGGUGUUCAAGCCUUGGACCAGAAAAAGUGGAUAUGCCAAUGCUGGCCAAAAAAACAGGCCUAGAUCUUGAUUUAAACAAAAUAACCACAUUUUAAAAUGUGCAAAAGCACCAUAUCAGUCCAAAAAAGGUGGUUAGUUAUUUUCUCCAAAUUAUUUAUCCCUACUAACUGGCCAACAUGUGCCAGUCAACAAAACCUUUGACUGGUAAUGUGAAGUUUAGUAUGUUUAGUCAACAUUUUAUAAGGCUAUGGUAGCGCUUUUCUCAUUAGCAUGCAUGCUGCAUAGGUUCAAGUGAGUCUUCAUAAGUAGAUAUUGAUACAGAUAUUGAAUAUCAGGAUUGGGCUGAUAA